AUGGGUGCUGUACCGAGCACCGAGGGCGAAAGGGAACCUCUUAUUGUUCCUCCUAACCCCGAGACGAGCGUUCAGCCAGUUUACAGCCGGGUUUAUGGGAGAAGAUGGCUGGUUCUGACUCUGUUUUCAUUGUUAGCGUUCAUGCAAGGGAUGGUAUGGAACACUUGGGGCCCAAUUCAGAACUCUGCCAUGCACGCGUUCGAUUUCGCGAAAUCUGACAUAGCGGUGUUGGUUCUAUGGGGUCCAGUGGGUUUCGCUCCUUGGUUGCUGUUUAUGUGGUUAAUGGACAAAAAGGGUCUGCGGGCGUCUCUUUUACUGUCAACCUUCUUCAUGGCAGUGGGGGCGGCUCUACGAAGUAUCCCUGUACCAGAACCGAAGCUGAGGCGAUGGUUAGUACAUGGGGGUCAGCUACUGAAUGGUUUGGCCGGUCCAACCAUAAUGAGCGCUGGACCCCUCCUCUCCACCACUUGGUUUGCUCCGGACCAACGGGCCACAGCCACCGCUGUCGCCUCAUUGGUCAGCUACCUGGGUGCGGCGUGUUCCUUCAUUGUCGGCCCGCUACUCAUUCCCGCCCCUAACGACACAACCCAUGCCCUGGUGGCUCGAGCAGUCAUGAUGGACACCCAGAUCAGCCAUAUACGAGACCGGAUACAGCUGGUUUUGUAUGCAGAGCUCGGUAUGGUGGUGUUACUGUUUGCCGCCGUGCUGCUCUACUUACCCCCUCACUUCCCCCUCACGACCGGCCCAUCCCCUCCCAGUGUUGCGGCUGCCAGUCAGAGGCUCAGCUACCGGAGCAGCAUCUGCAGACUGCUUAGUAACUUCCGGUUCCUGAUGAUAGCACUGGCCUAUGCUGUGCCCACGGGUGUGGUGGCGGGCUGGUCAGGGGUUCUGGACAUGAUCCUGACCCCUGCCAAAGUCAGCCAGGUAGAUGCUGGCUGGAUUGGGUUCUGGUCUAUUGUAGGCGGAUGUGUGUUUGGAGUGGCCAUGGCCAGGUUUGCCGACUCCAUCCGAGGCAUGCUGAAGCUCAUCCUGGUCCUGAUGAUGGCCGGCGCCUCGCUGGCCUCUACCUGGUUCACCCUCACUUGCCUGACCAGGCUCACACACUUACCCUCCACCGCCGCCACUCUCUAUGCCUCCUGCAUCCUGGUGGGCAUCUUCAUCAACAGCAGCGUGCCCAUCUUCUUUGAGCUCUUCAUCGAGACUGUGUACCCCGUGCCCGAGGGUAUCACCUGCGGCGUGGUCACCUUCCUCGGCAACCUAGUCACCGGCUGCCUCCUCUUCUUCCUCACCUUCUACAGUACAGAGUUGUCAUGGCUGAACUGGUGUCUGACAGGCUCCUGUGCCUUUAGUCUCCUGCUUGUCCUCUUCUUCAGGGAAUCCUAUGACCGCCUCUACCUAGACGUCUUCGUCUCAGUAUGACGGUUAACAAACACACUGAAAUGGGCGAGAAACAAGGACUGGAACAUUUGUAAACACGUUGCACAGAGAAGAGGAAGAAAAUGGAUCUAGGAAAACCAACCUAGCCCUACUGAAGUUGUGAAUGUGUAAUAUGACAUUGACGGCAGUCGUGGUGCAUUGGGGUUUUUCAUGUAGCUAAACAUGGGCCUCAGUCAGUCAGUAAUGUUGACUCUCUAUGAUUGAAUAGCAGUAGCAGUUAAACAGCAGGCCCCAUUGGGAGUGUGUGUUUGCGUGGUGGGGGGGCUUAUGAUCUGUUGUUUAAUAGUGACAUUUGGUCUCCCGUUUUUUUCUUGUCACCCUUUUAAGACUUAUUAUGCAAAACUGAUAAUGACAAACCCCCUUCCUCUCGGCUUGAGGUCUUAUUGAAAAAGAUAAUUCUAAUUUCCCUAUGGGAUUUAAUGGAUUGAACGCAUCACUGGUACCUGGGCUAGGUUUGGACGACAUGCUGGUGUUGGUCGGGGGCCGCGGGAUAUGACUGGAUGAUCCAAGUCUCUCUCUCUGUAUGCAGUCAGACAUAUGGACUCUGGUCUGUGUAUUUUCAGACUGCUACUUGGGUCAUAUGGUGUAACCACAUCAUCUGUUUCAAUUAGCAGAGUUAUUGAGAAAGCAGGAUGUAGCUGUUUUUCUCUCAUUGUGACCUUUCACCUCUGUUUAAUAGACUUACUACAGGAGCCAUUUUCUGAGUUGGGUAGUAUACAAAAGGUUAUUGUGAAAAUUACAAAUUUUAACAGUUGGUUAUACUAUAUGGGCUAUUUUUGGAUAUUGAUCUUAACUGUUUUAAUUAUAAUUUUUUUUUAUAUAGAGAAAAAGAUUACAGAUUAAUAUUUUACAGAUAUUUAUUUUCUGAGGGAUCACAACACUAACACAGUUGAGACAAUAACAGACUAUGCGAUGAAAUAUAUGAUAACUGCAGUUGCACAGCUGAGACUGGCUGAUUCUGUAUGGAAACAAACUAUUGAACCACUCAGAGACUUUCUCUGGGAUUCUUUUUAGCUCAACAGAACCGCUUAUUGAACCAUAAAUCACGGAAUGAAUCUUAAACCAGGAAGCUGCUCUACAUUUAAUGCACAUUGUUCACCAGCAGGAUUCACUGUGCUGCGACUGUUAUGAGGAGGCAGGGAGUGGCUCAGUAACCAGCCGCAUCCCUUGCCCUGAUGGCCACUGAUGGACUUAGAAGUGAUGCUUCGGUUCCUCCAGAGCAGAGGGGAACUAGGACAUUUUGGAGUAAGUGACGGAUCCUGCAAGAUGAUUCUCUUCAAGGGACUAUGUGUCCAACGUACAAGUGGGGUAAUGUUUCCAAAGAAAUCAUUCACGACCUCCUAACGCUCAGCUAUACCCCUGAGAAACCCCAGGAAAAAAAAGUUUAUUUCCUGAAUGAUGGUUUCCUUUUCUCCUUGUUUAAAUUUUUUAUCUCUGUGUACAGAAAGGGUUUUUCUCAUUACCAUAGUGAUACAGUAUAACACUGUUUUUAACUUUAUGCUCUUUACCUUCAAUACCUUGUGACAUGUUGCCUUAAUAACCUGUGAUCUGUACAUUCACUCCUAGGUAUUGUAUUUAUAUACAGUGUUUGUGUGUAGUAGUGAACUUUGUGUUUCUAUUACACUUCUAACCAUGUUUUCCUGGGUUGAAGGUACAGAUGUUUUUAUCCAUGUUCUGUGAAAACAAAACAAAUUUUUAAAGCACCUUAUUAAAAAUGUUUUCUCUCUUCUUUCA